AUGUCAACUGAGCAAGUUUUGAGGUUUUUAAUUACAAACCACGAGAAUCUGCUACUAGCACCACUCUAUGGCGAUUUGAGAUCAAUUUUUUGUGUAUACCUGUCGUGUUUCCAGGAUGACGACAUCUUGGCGGCAACCUUUCAGCUAUUUUCAAAAGCUUUGCAAGACAUUUGUGAUAUUGCAGAUGGUUCUUUAGCUCUCAAUUCCCAAGCCGGCGAGAUGUAUCAGAAUUCUAGAGUAGAGUUUAUUGAUGUAUCGCUAUUGAAGCUCAUGCAUGAAAAGAUCAACUCACUGGGGGGUGAAAGGAUAAAACGCAGGGAUUUCGAUACAGGUCACCAUUUAACUGGCUCACAUCUUGAGAGAAUGUUGUGUAUUUUGAAUCAGGACGCGAAUGAGAAUAAAAGUGAGAAUAUCCUAUUGAGAAAGCUUCAAAAAUUAUUAAGUACUUGUCCUGGAUCCAUACAAUUGGCGAAGGAAAGAGAGCAACAUAUUUCUAAGACGGUGGGAUACAUUCCAAUAUGUACAAAUGAAAAGCAUAAAGCGCUUUUAGCUACUAUUGUGCCUACCUCUGCUCACGAACUUGGGUCAAUUCCAGGUUUCAAACUGUCACAGGCAAAAGUAAAUUGUCCAGGAUUAAUUGAUUGUUUACAACGCAAGAAGCAUUUCAUUCCAAAUAUCAAACCUCAUACGGAUAUUUCUUUAGGAGAUUGCUCAUAUUUGGACACCUGCCAUAAACUGAAUUCAUGUCGAUAUACGCAUUAUCUGCAAUAUAUCCCAGAGAACCUUUGCAAAACAAUUUCAGCAGAAACUAAACUUGCUAAUAAGCUGAAUGAAAACCAAAAAAAUUACCCUUUUUACACACAUGGUAAUUGCUGUUCCAAUUUUGUGAAACAAGAUUUACCAGAACAGUGGAUUCAAUGUGAUGUUCGAAAAUUUGAUUUUACAGUGCUUGGAAAAUUUUCGGCAGUAAUUGCGGAUCCUGCGUGGAACAUUCAUAUGAAUUUGCCAUAUGGGACAUGUAAUGAUAAUGAAUUACUAGAACUACCUUUUGAGACGUUACAGGACGAGGGUAUUCUGUUUCUAUGGGUUACCGGACGUGCAAUCGAGAUGGGUAAAGAAUUCUUAACCAAAUGGGGGUAUAUCGUUCUCCAUGAAAUAUCAUGGGUCAAAACAAAUCAGCUAAGUCGUACUAUUGUCACAGGUCGCACAGGUCAUUGGCUUAACCAUUCAAAAGAGCAUCUUUUGGUGGGAUUAAAAGGUAAUCCAAUUUGGCUUAACAGGAAAAUUGACACAGACAUUAUUGUAUCCGCUACUAGAGAAACAAGUAGAAAACCAGAUGAGCUCUAUGGCCUAAUCGAAAGACUGGUAGGUCCCCACGCCAGAAAACUUGAGUUUUUUGGGAGACACCAUAAUCUGAGACCGGGAUGGUUCACCAUAGGUAACCAGCUUCCCGGAGUAUGUAUCCAUGAACUAGAUGUUAAGAAAAGGUACGAACAAUUCUUAGCAAAACCAGAAAGAGCGCACAAGCAUAGCUAG